AUGGUUGAUGAUUAAAAGAAAUUAUAAGAUGAUAAUAAAGUUAUUGAUGAAAUAUAAAAACAGUUUGAAGUACUUUUUAGCACCCCUUAGUAUUUAUAAAUGAAUUAAAUAAUAAAAAAUACAAAAUGCCUCAUUAAUGAAGCAAAUGAAGACACUAUUAUAAUAUAAUCAAUCAAGCUAACAAUGAUAAGGUAUUAAAUAAAUUAUUGAAUUAGAAAACUCCAAGUUUGA